AGGUGUCGCCGAGCCCCCCACUCCCCAUUACAACAACUCCAUUUUGUGGGACCUGGCGAUGGAGACUAACCUGGUCUACCUCUCUGAGGCGGCCAGCGCCUUCCGGGGCUUCCAGGGCGGUGUGGCCCUCCUCAAAGUUUGGCUCCGGCAGCGAGAGCUUCAUCAGGGUCUGGGAUGUUUCAACGGCUUCAUGGCCUCCAUGCUGGUGGGAUACCUCCUGGCCACCCACAAGAUCAGCAAAAUGAUGAGUGCAUAUCAGGUGCUGCGAAACGCCCUCCAUUUCUUAGCUACUACUGAUCUUACUACAACUGGAAUCAGCCUCUCAAAAGACAGAGAACCCAGCCUG